AUGAGUGAUACUGAAGAUAUCAAUUACGAAAGAAGGCCGGAGUUCAACGAAGGCUCAGAAAGAGAAAAUGUGGAACCUGAACAAAAGCCCGUAGACCAUCAUGGUUUGCAAACCCCAGGUGAGCUUGAGCCACAGGAAGAGGUUGUCUACGUAGUUAAUGACGAACCUGCGUUCAAUGUUACGAGGGCAUUGUUUAUUGGUAAUUUACGUCGGCCAAUAAAUGCAAUUGACUUUCAGAAUUACUUGAAGGAUUUGGCAGCAGCUGGUGGUGAUAAUAUCAUUGAGAGAGCAUGGUUGAAUAGAACGAGAACACACGGUAUAGUGCUCGUUGACAAGGAAGAAGGAGCUAAGUAUAUCAGAGAAAGGUUGAACGGAACAAAAUACCCAUCGGAAGAAGAGGACGCAAGAUUGAAAGAUGAACAUGAUGUUCGUGAAAAAGAGAAUUAUGAGAAGCAAUUGCAAGAAUACGAAGAAGGUGAAGAUAAGGACUCUUUGCCAGAGCCUGCUCUUCCAAAGGAAUAUUCCGUGGAGCGAAAGCUGUUAUAUGUUGAUUUCAUCCCUGUGAAGGCCAUAAACCAAUGGAUUUAUGAAGAAGACAAAGGUCCAAGAAACGGUAAAUGGAAAAUUGGAUAUGAGAAUAAAGGCGACGAUAUAUUAGCGACCCACGCAUUACUAUCUGGUGAUUUCAUGCCACGCUACAACCAAAGACACCAUCAUCCAAAGUUUGGCAGAGGACGUGGUGGUGGCUACAGAGGUGGAUACGGAGGCCCAGUUUAUAAUAGAAGAGGACUGGGUGGUUAUGGUUAUAAUGGGUCUGGGCCAAAACCAUACGGCGUUUAUCCUCCAAGAAAUGGUUACGAUGGCCAACCAAGAAGAGGCGGUUAUCGUGGUCGUAGGGGAGGAUAUUAUCCAAAUAAUGGUGAAAGAAGUAGUUAUGUGCCGGGAGACUCGAAUAGAGAAGAACGUGGUAGAUAUUCACGUACUGAUUCAUACCAACCAAGGUCUGAAUAUAGAGAAAGGUCCUGGGAAGGUUCGGCAAGAACCAGAUCCAGGUCACCUUUGUAA